AUGCAGCAGUCAUCGCCAACCUCUCCCUACGGAUCCCAACAUCCCCAUCUCGACUACGGCCAGGCGCAAACCCGCAAGCGCUCCCGCCCGCACGAGGACCUCCAGCUGGAUCUGCAAGGUCUCCAAGAAAUUUCCGGAGACGUCCAGCAGGGCUCCAGCGACGUCCAGGUCGAAUUAACCCCCAGUGGCCACCACGCGCAGCCUCAGAGCCUUUCUCUUCACUACCAACCGCAACCGACCGGUUCGCUCUCUCUGCCGCGCGAACAUCAUCAUCACCUACCCAACACCGGCCGGCCCAACAAGAUGCCCCGCUAUGGCGAACCGGCUUCCUCUCCCUCGCACCACCAUGGCCCGCCCAGCGUGGUCGGGCAAGAGGGGAUGCCAGCACCGGCGCCGCGCCCGCGAGGUCCCAAAUUGAAGUUCACGCCCGAGGACGACGCGCUGCUCGUCGAUCUCAAGGAGAAGAAGAACCUCACCUGGAAGCAAAUAGCCGAUUUCUUCCCUGGGCGCAGUUCCGGAACGCUGCAAGUUCGAUACUGUACGAAGCUGAAGGCGAAGACGACCGUGUGGACCGAUGAAAUGGUCCAGAAGCUGCGCACCGCCAUGCAGGAGUACGAGAACGACCGGUGGCGCAUCAUCUCGUCCAAGGUGGGCAGCGGAUUCUCGGCGGCGGCGUGCAAAGACAAGUCCAUGGAGUUAGACGCCGAGGCCGAGGAGGCAGAAGGGGAGGGGGACGAAGGCCCCUACACGCAGUCGCAGAUGGCUGGCAGUUCGAGCGACCCGGCUGCACCUUUCCAAUGACUAUCUGACCAAUUCGAGGACCUGCAUACAUAGUAAUCUAUGGGUCGCGGCGGUUGUUUACGGGGGCUUCUUAGUAUUGCGGAGGAGUAGGAAGCGUGGUGUGCUGGUCAUACUGCCUAAUUCGUGGAAUAUUCGACAUCUACCGGAGCCACAUUUAAUCAACAUUAUUCGCCAUUUACG